UCAGGGGCCUGAGGUGGAGACUAGCGCAAUAGGACGGCGCUUGCCCCGUGGAGGAGCCGGCGCCGGGCUUGCGAGGAAGUUCCAGCAUCUCGGUUCAGGGCUUCUCUCCUCGGCUGGGCGGCGCUCGCCUCUCGCCCCGUUUGCUGGCUGGCGGCUCGCCCCGACCUGACACACGCCGCGCAGAUGUGAGCGAGCCUGGCCAGAGCUGUGCAGCCGCCGCUCCAGUCAGCUCGUCAGCAACUGCGUCCCGCUCCUCCCAGCCAGGUCCCAGUGGGAGAAAUAUGUGGCAGCCGGCAACGGAGAGACUGCAGGUAAAAAGGCACUUUCAGACCAUGUUGAAGACUAAGCUAAAUGUCUUAACCCUUCGGAAGGAACCUCUCCCUACGGUGAUCUUCCAUGAGCCAGAAGCUAUUGAGCUGUGCACCACAACUCCGUUAAUGAAGACCCGGGUACAUGCUGGCUGCAAGGUUACAUAUUUGGGUAAAGUUUCCACAACAGGGAUGCAGUUUUUGUCAGGUUGCACAGAAAAACCAGUCAUUGAGUUAUGGAAGAAACACACACUUGCCAGAGAGGACGUCUUCCCAGCGAAUGCUCUCCUGGAAAUCCGCCCCUUCCAAGUUUGGCUUCAUCAUCUGGACCUCAAGGGAGAAGCUACUGUCCACAUGGACACCUUUCAGGUUGCACGUAUUGCUUACUGCACUGCCGACCACAAUGUCAGCCCAAAUAUCUUUGCUUGGGUAUACCGGGAAAUCAACGAUGACUUGUCCUACCAGAUGGAUUGCCAUGCUGUAGAGUGUGAGAGCAAGCUAGAGGCCAAGAAGUUGGCACAUGCCAUGAUGGAGGCCUUUAAGAAGACUUUCCAUAGCAUGAAGAGUGAUGGCCGGAUCCACCGGAAUAGCUCAUCUGAGGAAAUGUCUCAAGAAUUGGAAUCUGAUGAUGGCUGAUGUGAACUCAUUAAUGAUUAAGCAAAAGCAGAAAUGGCCCUGGGAAUAGAAGCAUAUAGAUGAAUAAGCAACAGUUUGGUUUGGGAUGAGAGAUCUUCCCAGCACUUGACUGAUUCAGCUUUUCAAAAAAAAGAAGAGAAAUUCAGUAAACUCCCACAAAUGCAUAUUUUAAAAUAAUCAUGACAUUGAAAGCUGCUGUUUUAAAAUGUGAGAGAGAGCUUAUCUUUUUCUUAAAUUUUAUUUCCCUUCUCCCCUCCCAAUUCCAUUUUGGCCCUUUCUAUUCAGGUUCAUCUUUUGAAGAUAAGAUAAUUAUUUCUUUUUGCCUGUUGAAACCCAUCAAGUUGUUCUAAUGAUAACGUCUUCUUAGAUUCAUUACUAAGGUCUACUGCUGAUGCCUAGUAGCAGUCCAGAUCAGUUGCUAAAGGGAGAAUAUGAUUUGGUGGCCUACUGCUAACCCUCUUGACCACCUCCAGGCUGAAAUAGCUAUGCCGACUUUUAGAUUUAACAGCCUGACAGUCUACAGUUAAUUCACAUUUCACAGUUUGAAUAUUUAAAGAUGCUUAUAUUUACACAUUAUAACCAUAUGCUUAAUUUUAUUUUAUUCAUUUUACCUUUUUAAUGUACCUACAGCCAUUCAUGUUCCACUUAGCACCAUAGUUGUUGUUUUUUAAAAUACAAACUGCAGGAAACCAAAAGGGAGGGGAUGGAAAUCCUGUUGUAAGCUCACUAUCUUUGCAUCCCUGGGUGGAAAAACCAAAAUUUAAUUGAGAGAGAUCUUAUGAAGACUCCAACUAUUUAGACUGUGACUCUUGUUCAGCCUCUGGCCUAGCUGGCAAGAAGAAGAAUGCUAGUUUCACAGAAGGCAUCUGGCAACCACUUCUGUAUUAGUUUGUUUACCUGGCACCAUUGGUUCUCAGUGGUCAGGUUUGAGUUACCAUUAUGACAAUGGGAUGUCUUACAGAGAAAAACUAAGGAUUGUUUGGGGUCAGUUUGAAAGCACAUGACUUGUUCCGGUUCAAAACCUCAUGCUAAUAUGUCCUGAACCCUUUCCUAGUAGUCACAGAUGAAGGGGUUCAUAAAUUAAGAAACUAAAAAAAAAAGUUUUAAGGCCAAGUGCUAAUUGAUAGUUUGCAGGUAAUGCUGCUCCUUUAUACAGUCUUGUUCAUAAAUCGUGGUAAUGUUAGGGGCACUAGGGCACCUUACAGAAGCCUUAAAAGAGCUAAUCAAAGCAGAUAACUAUAGAGGUCUGUUCUGUUGUGUGUGAAUAUGUAUAAUGUGUGUUUGUGUAUGUGAGUGUGUGUGUGAUUAGUGUUAAAGCAUGUUGAUCGAUCAUGGGAACAUACUGAGGAUUCAUGCCUCUUGAAAAUAUGCUUAUUGCUUUCCAAAUGUAUGUAAACAAUUCUUGCAACAUAAAGACAUUCAUACUUUAAUAAAAAAAAAGUUUGAGUUAAAAAAUAAAUAAUUUUAGGCUCCAUGAUUUAUGUGCAUGUUCCUAUUUUGUUUGAAAUGCAGUGCUUCACUUUAACAUGCCAAAAAUAACACUAAUUCACAAGCAUGCUAUAGAAUCUAAUGACACUUAAUUUACGUAAAAUUUUAAUUUACCGCAAUAACUUGUAGCUGGAUAAUAGAAUUCUUUUAAUAAUAAUAUGCUAUAAAAUAUUACAAUGUAAAGAAAUGUUUAAAAAAUUAGUUUAUACUUGACAUUUGGCACUCUAUGAAUCAGAUUCUCUCUCAUUACUCUUCCUGUUAAUGAUAUAAUGAUAGAGAUCCACAAAUUCUAGCUUCAGUAAUCUCCCUUAAGGGUUUGGGUUCAUUUGUGAGGAUAGAGGCGUCAGUGGGGCAAAGAAGGACUGACUACCCAACCAGCCAGGGAAUCCUUCCCCAUUUGAUCAGAGGGGCUAAAUUCUUCUUGAGAUACCUGUUCAGACACUUCUUGAGAUACCUGUUCAUGCAUGGAAAGCUAGUUCAAAGCAACAUAUGAGUCCAUGCUGUUUUUAGGAAAUAUAUUUGGAAACAAAUUCUCUGGAGUUUACAUUGCUUAGAGACUAUUGUAAAGGACUAGUUGUAGGACAAACUUCAGUUUGAAAUAGAUUUGUUGCUCCAAGCCUUCUGAGAGAGAUGAAGCAUGGGGAAACGAUUUUUGCCCCUUUGUUCUUCACUCUGCAUUUCCCUGCAAUCCUUGAGAAAUCACUGCUCAAAGCUGGAUGCUCUCCAGAACAGUAACCAAUACAGCUUGAGGAGGGAUGCAUUAAAAAUUGUUCCCCCUCACUUUGUGUGAGUUUUGGCAGAGCAUGCUGUAUUAAUACAAUGGUGAGGGCGAAGGCUUUUGCUGAUUCUUGCUGCUUUCCCCGGGCCCUGACAUAGUGUACUGGAGGGCCUCAGUAGUAUUUGCUACUACAAAAUGCAGAGGAAAGUGGCAUUGAUCCCAUGAACUCACCACACACAUGGAAAUCUUGGAUCCAGCCAAAAAUGUUCUCUUAGGGAGCAAUCCUAAGCAGAUCUAUUCAGAAGUAAAUCUCAUAUUUUCCAACGGGGGUGUACUACCAGAAGAGUAUUCUUAAGACAGUGGACAUAGUUCAUUAAAAUGUAUUACUCUAAAAAAAACUUGCCUAUGUUUAUAAACUUUUGCACUGUCUCCAUAAAUUGCAAUUAGAGAAAUAAAGAUCUAAAAAUUGCCUUGCUAAAUCAGAACAAAGGUCUAGUUGCUCCAGCACUCCCUAUCUGCUUCUAGAUUCUUUUGGGGAAAGUGGGUUGGAGGUAGCCCACUGUUUCUUGUUUGGCCUCAGCCUCCAAAAAUCUUUGUUCUAGCUUCUAAACUCAGAGGUUCAAAGUAAGAACAUUGAUCUAACCCACUACUACAUGUUCUGACUGGCAGCACUCCUCCAAGGUCUUUCCUAGCCCUGCUUCCUUGAGAUUUCACAGAUUGAAUGUGAAACCUUAUAUAUGCAGAAUCAGUAUGUCUAAAGUAGAGGUCUUAUUAAAACCAUGCAACAGAUUCUAAGUUAGCUCUGUUGUCUUUAUUCAGUAAAUGACACAGCAUGUAUAUAAUCUGGAAAUUUCCAAUAUUUUAGGAAAUUGUCUAAAACUGCUGAUUAGUGUUGUCAGGCUGUUGUUCAAUUAGUCUGUUUUUCAUUGCUGAUCCUAUUUAGUUCAAUAGAGCAGAGGAAAGCCUCCUCUUUCCACAAUAAGAACCAUUAUUACUAGAUAAAUGUGUUUUUAAAAAAAUCAGAAAUAAAAUUCGUCCAAUGACAACCUUGUUGGAGUUAAUGUGUUCCGUAUCUAUACAGUGUAAAAUCCCGCUUGGCUCUCAGCCCAUUAAUAUCCAUUUUCUUGUCUAGUUCACUCCAGUAUCCCCUUGAAGUUUUUUAACUUCCUGCUGCAUUUAUAAACAAUGGCUCAUGUUGCAAUUCAGAUGGCAUCACUAAUAUAAAAGUAUGACAAGAAUGGAGCUAAUAAAGAACGAUUGAUUUGCCUUGUCACAGAAAUAGAGCCUGUAAAUAGCCACCUAAGGUUUGUAGUGACCUUGAAGUUCACAUUUGCAAAAACAAGAAGUAGAAAUCUAAGAUAAGUUUGCGCUAAUUACAUGAAUCUCUCUUGAUUGAAUGUAAUGUUUCUUAAAGAUGUGGUUUAGAUUUGUUUAUUGAUGUACUUGUGGAUUAAAUUAGAACAAAAAUGUUGUUGGCUGUGAAAUAUCCUGAAAUCUCCUUGUUCCUAUUAGUACAUUCAAACCAGCCCAAGCUUCCAUUUUUUUAAUCUUUAAAAGGGAUCCAAAUCUCCAUGUAUACUCAAUGUGCUCCAUUCAUUUAAGUAGAUAAGGUAGUUCCAUAUGAUGCAUCUGCUACAAAUUUAUCUUCUCCACUGAAGGA